CCUUGCCCCUUUAAUGACGUCAAUACAAAUAGAUGAGAGUUGAUUGAUGGUUUGCUUAUAUUUUGGUGAUUUGUAUUUUAAACUUUUUUUUUGCUUAAAUAUUUACCAAAUAAAUAAACUAACAAUUAAUUUAAAAGGAAUUUAAUUAGUGUUUAAUUUUGUUUAGUCUACAUUUUUUAGGUAGUUUCGUUACUUGACGACUUACACUCUUUCACUCUUUACUUACUACACCUACAUUUCUACAGUCUACAGUUACAGAACAGUAAUUUUGGUAAAAGUGGAGUUCAGGUGCGUAUUUUAUUUCUUAACGAAUUUCGUACUUUAUCAUGCAAACGUACGUGUAUUCUUUAUUAAUUAAAUACAGGCAGUCAUAGUUAACUAAUGCUGAAUUUUAAAUCCCCUUUUUUUCUUUUUAUUUGAUUUCUAAAUCAUCUUUAAGUUUAAACAUCCCCAAUCUAAAUUUACUUAGCCCCAUUUGUCUUGUAUUUUUUUUUCACCCUAUGGCCAGAUUUUUAACCACCUAUAGGUUAGUAUGAUAAACAAAAUUUUUAAACUGUAGACAUGUUCACAAAAAAGAAUGAAAUACUAGAUUGUUCAUUACGCACGAGCGUCCCCUUCCCCACCCCUUUUUUCCUCUCAGAGCGCUCAGGAUAUACGGGAUGUCCUUUGAAGUCUGGGGGGGGAGGGGAUUAGAAGUGGAUCACCGACUAAGGCAGCGGACACACGCGUCAUCAUUGUCCUGGAGUGAAGCGGAAAAAAAGUGGGGGGGGGGGUCCACAAAUCCACAAAUAUGUGCCAAUGUGUGAUCACGUGUCCACUUUGUAAAAAAAUAUUUGUGACGUUGCAGGAAUGGGGGAAAUCGGAUCUUUUAUUGAUAGUCAUCUCAUACUGAAGGCUGCAAAUACAUUGUCAGCUCUAAUUUGAGCUCCCCUCCCCUUUUUUCGUAUGCAAAUGCCCUUAUUAAUGGUGACUGAUUUGCGCUGAGUAAAAUGAGGGUGGGGGCUAGUGAUUAUAUAUAAUAAGACGGACUCGUUUUGCUGUAUUGCUUUUAGUGGGAUCAUUUUGUUCAAAAUGGCAGGACGACCAAGAAACGAUAAUUGAAAUUUUUCAUCAAACGGAAAUUUUAAAUGGUGCAGCAUUUGGUUUACACGCGAACUUUGUGAGGCAACAUAUAAUGUUAAUACCACUAUUGAAUUCGUAAGGCACUCAUAACAAUUGCAAUGUGGCUUGUAAACUGGCUACGUGUGUCUAGUGUGAGAGUUCCCUUCAACUACCAAGAUCUGGAUCUCACCAGAAACGGGAUCCCACCGGAAUCGGUAUCCCACCAGGAUAGGGAUCCCACAGGAUUGGGAUCUCAUUUGGAUUGGGAUACCACCGGAAACUGGAUCUCACAGAGAUUUGGAUCUUACCGGGAUCGGGAUCCUACCAUGACCGGGAUUCUACCAUGACCGGGAUUCUACCGGAAUCUGGAUCCCAUCAUGAUCCUUCCAGAAAAUGGGGUGCCAUCGGAAAACGGGAAAAAUGAAAGGUUUACAUAACCGACAUAAGUUAUUUUAAGUGUUUUUAUAGGAGACAAAUUAAUUAUUAUAAUUUUUUUUUUACUAUAGUGGUGUUUUGUUGUCGACAUUUCGCUUAAAUAGCAAUGUGAAUUAAAAGAAAGUAGCAGAUGUUUUUUUCUGAAUGCAAUCCCGGGCAACUCCGGUUAUAUUUGAUAUUGAAGUUAUAAAAUAAAUACAACAUAUAUUUUAACCCAGACACAUCCAAUUGAGCAACUUUUAUAACGUAUCUUUAAAGACAGAGGAGUUAUCCUUGAUUUACUACAAUGGCUCCGUAAAAGGCAAAAGAGUCAUCAAAAUGAACUUUUUUUAUCUCGUAAAAUUUGUUUAAUUGUUGUAUUCCAAUAAAAAGAUGGUAUUUUACUUUUAAAAUACAUUUUAUAAAGAACUAACAUAAGUUUACACGAGAGAAAAUAAGAAAUUCGAGCAGAAAUAAUAUACGCACCUGAACUCCACUUUUACCGUACUUUUACUUACACUUACACUACCAGUACUUAAACUUAUUACUACUCAACAUGAACUUACGGAGUUAAAAUGAACAUACUCUUAGUCUAAUUCUUACAUUACUUAUUCAGACUUACUGUUACUUAAUCUAAUAAUUAGUAUUAAUAAUAUUAUAGUAUAAUUAGUUUAAUUAAUAAUAAUAAUAACAUUUAUAGUAGUAUUAUUAAUUAUGCCUAUGAACAUGACUAAAACUACUAAAAGUAAAAGUGUUGCUUAUAGGCUUUGUCAUUUCUAAGACCGGAAAACGUCAUAGCGUACUAUUUUUAGAAGGUCCGCGGACAAAUAUUGCUUAAAACAUGGCAGCUUAUAGUGUGUUUCAGCAUAUCGUUCGGGCGAUCCUUGUAUCUAGAGUUACUGUUACAUAUGACGUUCACGCAAUGAAGUCGCAUUUGAGAAAACAGAAGUAAAAAAAAAAAUGUGUAAAAUAUUUCGUAAAAUAGAGUUGUAAACAAGUUUCAGGGACACUUCGCUAACAUAGUAAUACUGAACAGUGUUGACAUUUUGUCCGCUCUGAGUACCCGGAUGAUCAGUAAUGGUGACAUCAGUUCUAUUAAUAGAUUUCCGCCAUUAAAUGACAAGCCCUAUUGCUAACUUACUCAGUUCUCAGUGUUAGUAAGAGAAGUGUAUGUAGUAAGUAGAUUGCCCGGUUAUAUUAAUAUUAAUUAAUGUAGCUGAACUACUCGAUAACUACUGGUAAAUUACCACUUUAACUUGAAGACUUGAGCAGAGAAUAGCCUAACUAUUUAAACUGGGGAAUAACUACAUAAUUAUAUAAACGGGGGAAUAACUAUUUAAAUGGUUAUUCUUUUACAGAUAAGAUAAAAUUAUUGAUCAAAAUAAUGGGAAUUUAAUGACAUUUGGACAUAGUACAUAGUAAUAGUAAUAAUCUUCAAAUUCAUUUCAGUACAUAUAUAUAAAGGACAAAAUUUUGUUGAUGAGCCACAACAGAGUGUUUGUAGAGUUUUGUCUGAUCUGUUUUAUGUUUGCAUAAGCUGCCUAUCCGUCCGAUACCAUAAGUGAGGCUGGAAGAUUAUAUUUCUCAAUGAACUGCUGUAACGUGAUCACACCUCAGUCUAGCAUUUCAAUGAGAAAACUGCGCCCAUUCUCUCUUUUUAUGCCAGCGAAAACCCAGUGGCCCUCUUCACUGUAGUAUAAACGGACAUCAAUAAAAGAAUAAUGGUUUAAAUAACUUAAUUUUUUUAAUAACUGACACUGAAGUAGACUACCAAUCUACUAAUGAACUAACCUAGUAGAGUAACUAAAAGUUAAAUUUAAUCUCUAGAAUAGAAAUUAGAUUUCAAUUUUAUUCUUAGCAUAGAAGUAAGUUGGUUCUGUAAGCUAUGCAGUAGUAAGCUAGGUCUCUUACUGCCCUAGACCUAAUGAUAUCAAAUAAGUUAGUAGACCACCUUCACCAAGAGGCUAAGACUAGAGUAGUAAGUAGCCAGUAGUGCCGAGUUGUAUCGUUAUCAAUCAUGACUCUUCGUGUGUCUCUGUUUGAAAUACCACCUCAUUUUAAUAGGCCUAAAGUAAACUCCUUGUCAUACAUUUGGCUUCGACUUGGGCCAUAAGAUAAUCCUAAUAUUUAAUUUUAAAAUAAGCCCAAUGUGAAUGAAUGUAACUGGAUAAAAAAAACAGUUACAUUUAAUAAAACAUUAGUGAUUCAAGUUAGUCCCUACCUUCUCAUUAGGGUUAGUGCUAAUCAAUGUUGUGAAAAAUAAUAAGUAAGGGUCAUAGCCCAUUUAACUUGUAAAAUUUUAUUCUUAAGGAUUAGGCUAUCAGUGAGUAUCAGAAUUUGCAAUUAACUAAUGAUUCACUUUUUCUCUUGCCAACAAGAUAUUUUAUUAUUUUUUUUUUAAAGUCAGUAGCCUAAAUGAAAAAAAAUUAUAUCAAUAGCCAUAGCCCUAAUAAAAACAAAAACUUCAGAAUGUUGAAUGGGUCAUGUUUAGGGAAUUUGCCUUUUAAGUUGAGCAUGUUAACCCUUUAUGUGGUUAAUAUGAUAAGGGAUAGUGAUUUUUUUCUCCUUCUAAGAACUUAUUUUAAACAGAUUUAACAGUUUUUAUAAAUACACAUUCCAAAGUUGUUUAACUGUUAAAAUGAUAUUUAUUAUUUUAUAAGAGCAUAGUUGUAAGUGGCUGUAGAAAGUUCAUCUGCUUUUAGAACUGACAUCCUGUUCCAUUUUGAUACAGUCACCAGUUUUCAAUCAGCUAUUGUCUACCAUGGAGCAUGCUUGUAUAAAUAAACAGCUGGUAAAAGAGAAACCAAAGUAGUAAUAUUUUUUCAUUGUUUAUCUUAUAUUAUAUGAAUGUUCUCCCUUCUUUCUAAUUAGUAACAAUUUUUUACAUUUAUUUCUCACCCCAGUGUGACUGAUUGUCUUCCAGACUUGUUGAAACAAAAAAUCAUAUUUGAAUCUGACCUUCAGUUUGAAGCUGAGCGUGAAAUUAUUCAUCAUGAAGGUUCGGUUAAGCCUUGUGGGACUUCAGUAUUACUACUUUUAAAGCCAACUCUGCUCACAUUAACAAUCAGUCCUCUAGACUUGUGUACAAACAGGAAUCCCUUGUGGUGACACUCAUUACCUCCAUUAUUUAUAAGUUACACACGCCAUCAUUGAUAACUCCAAUCCUUACUGGAUUGAAAGCUUCAGUUCAGUUCUUAUAAUGUCAGGAGCUUCAGCCAACCCGGCCAUGGCCACGUGCGCAGUAGCAUCUCAGUCGGAUUCUAAAUAUGUCAAAAUUAACGUUGGAGGCACGCUCCACCUGACCACCAUUGACACACUGUGUAAGCAAGAUACAAUGCUGAGGGCUAUGUUCAGUGGGAGAAUGGAUGUGCUGCAUGAUGUUGAAGGUAUGCAGAAUUUGUCAUACGAUUUUUUUUCAAUUGUAUUUAACACCGGGUCAUUUAAAAAUGUAUUUCCUUCAUUGGAUUUAUACAAAUGUUCUUAAAUAUUGUAAGCACCUUUUACCCCAGCUAUUAUUACAGAAUAAAUUUAAAAUGCCAUAGUAUUUUUUUAAAAUACCUGGGACGAACACUACUUAAAUGUUUUUUUCAAAAUAGUGUUCAAUGCCACUGGUAUUCAGGACUUUCUAAAAAUGUUUUGUCUAGGACAUUUCCUCAUUAGUCCAGCUAUUAAUUCAGUCAACAAGUUACUUUUGAGCACUAAGAUGAAUCAAAUGCAUAUAUAUCAUUGUUCAUAGUUUUGUGUUAUGUUUACAAAAACGAAACGAUCUCUCUUUACAAAGAUAAUAUAAAUGAAAGGACUUCUUUCAAGCUUAGUAAAUGAAUGAAUAACGAAACGAUGUAUGUGGAAACUUGAAAUAAGAUAACAGGACAAAAAACAAGGACGUUUUGGCAUAAAGCCUUUCUCAGCCAAGCUUCCACAUACCUGGUUUCGCUAUUUCAUUCAUUUACUAAGAUUAGCUGGGUAUUGCGAAUAUUUUUUAUAUACUGUUUUAGUUUGAUAAAGAAUUUUGUAUCUAUAAUUAGGCGAGUUAAUUUGGUUUUUUUCUCCUUAGAAUGUGAUAAUUAAUAGAUCUUCGAAUUUAUUUAUUUUUUUUAAAAAAGCCCAUUAAAGGUAUGGGAAUUUGAAUUUGGGAGUUUUUGACUUUUGGACCUUAAUGUCUUUUUGGAACUAUGUUAGCAAUUUUUACACAUUUUUAUUUUUUAUAGCUUUCCUAAUGUUAAUAUAUCUUUUUUUUUUCUAUUGUGUUUGUUUAGGAUGGGUCCUCAUUGACAGGUGUGGUAAACAUUUUGGAUCCAUAUUGUCUUUCUUGAGAGAUGGUUCAAUCACUUUGCCAGACUCAAGGCGAGAACUUGAUGAAUUACUCCAGGAAGCCAAAUACUACUGUGUCCAAGAACUGGGUAAGUUACAAGAACUUAAGCAAUGGUUAAAAUCUUAAAACUACAAUUUUUUUCUGUCCGUGGCCUCAUUUUUUAAACUUAUGUAAAUUCAUACAUAGAAUUUAAUGAAGUUUUGAUAGAAACAAUGGGGUUGUAUAUAUGUAACAUCGAAAAUUUCUCAGUUUCUAACAGCUGGCCAAAAAAAAAAUAAUAAUUCAACAUUAUUCUUUUAUUGUCCUGUCUUUAUAUUUCAAGCUUCCACAUACCUUGCUCCACUAUUUCAUAUUUUAUUCACACAUCUUGACCGCAGUCCUUCAUAUAUCAUCCUUUAUUUCAAUUGCAUGCUUUAUUUUUUUCUGUCCACAGUAUAUUUGGUCAUUCUUUUUUCCCUGUAAAUUCAACUUAUCACCUUUUUUGAAUCAUUCAUCUUGCAUGCAUCUUAUUUAUGUUUAGGAUUAGGAUCACAAACAUAAGCUGAUUUGAGAAGCACUGUUUGCAGAUUUGUAUAUAUACAUAUUAUUUACAUCCCUUUUGAUUUGAUUAGUCAAAACUAUGAACACAAGGUACUAAUUAUAUAUGUGAAAAUGUUUUUUUAAAAAAAUGUAUUUAUAUUAAAUAUGAUCUGUUGCAACAUGUUUUGUUUACAGUCAGGCAAAUUGAUACAGCCAUGAACAUACAUGAUCCAGAACCUAUCUGCCAGGUUCCACUGAUCACAUCACAAAGAGAGGAACAAAUGUUGGUUUCUAAAACGUCCAAGGUAAAAUCUUCUCUUUUUACAUUUUUGAUAAUUUGAGUAAAAUAAGCAUGCCCCCGGUUCUCCGGUUGACAAGUCUGUGAUGGCUUGUCGAUUAGGAGGCGUCGGCCACCGACCCCCCUUAGCGUUAACCGGGGAACACAACUACUGUGCGCGUCCUGCGUGGGCUGACAAGGGAUGUGCUCGUACCUGCCGUACAUAAAACAGCUCCAAUAGGGCUGCCAGUUGUGAUACUUCCCAACUGGAAAAAUAGACAGAGACAGGGUAGGGAUCAUGAUUAAAAGUUGCCGUUAAUGGAUAUGAGGUGGUAACCUCUGGCCGAUGAUUCUUACUACGCAGCCCUCAGAAGCUGCUCCAAGGCAACCUUUUCGUCCCAGCUACAUCGCGAAUUAGUUGCGCUGUGGAAACCCACUGUAGAAUCCCUCUUAAUGGGAGUGUAACGCUUUCCCGGGAUGGAUUAGGGAAGAUAUUAGGACGUAAAUUUUUCCAUCCUGACUCCUGAGAAAGUCGAUUGUCGGACCGACCGGGUGUCUUUGGGUUAGGACGACCCUCUGCGGAGACCUUGGUCGAGCAGACUCGGGUGGGGGCUGUCCUGAUAAAGGGACAUCCCCCAGAUACCGAGUUUGGGAGGGGUGUUUUGGGGAGGGCAUAAAGAGCGCAAGCUCGACGGCCCGCUGACGCCAUUUCUUAAUGUAACAUUGCAGUAAGCUAAGCAUAAAAACUAUCUGUCUGUUCUUUAGGGUUUUUCGUUACUCAGGAUUUGAAAUGUCACAGCGUACUUUGUAAUGUACUAUUUUUAGACAAUGUUUUUUGUAAAACAGGACUGCUAACAAUAUAUUUCAGCAGAAAUAUAGCAGUAACAAUGUAGAUUGGGUACCGCGCUAUAUAAGACCACUUAUUAUUAUUAUUAUUAUUAUUAGAAGUACAGUACAGCUUUUGAGAGAUUGGUCCAACAGAAUGCCCCAAUGAUAAAUUUAAAAAAUAUAGAAUUAAAUGCAUUGUUGUUGGAUUGUUUUAUUUUCCUUUAAGUAUUAACAGCUACUACUAACAAUGUGGUUAAGGUACAUUUUUCAAAUAAUUUUUACUUACAGCCAGUUGUCAAAUUGAUCUGCAAUCGGCACAACAACAAGUAUUCAUACACAAGGUCGGUUUAAUUUAAUCUAACAAGCACCCAUACAUAAGAAAUGUAAAUUACUUUAAAAUACCUUGAAUUUUUUUUUUUUUUAAAGAGUUUGUUAGCAUUCAAAAUAAGUAUGAUACAUUUUUCAACAUUGAAUAAUGAAAUGAGAACUAGAAAUAAAAGGAUAUUUGUUGUUAAACUAUUACAUUUGAUGAAAUAAUGAGUGACAAUCGUCUUUUUCUUAAAAUUUGUUUGUAGCUUUUUUCCAUUGUUAUUUCAAGAAAAUUAAAAAUUUAUAGGAACUUUGUUGUACACAGUUAAUUUGAUGUAUAAAAUGGUUUUAUUAUUUCAGAGUUAAUUAUAAAAAAAAGUUGAUACAAUUAUUCUUUGAUCCCACAGCAUGUCAGACGAUAAUCUUUUGAAAAACAUGGAGCUUUUUGACAAGUUGUGCCUAAGGUUUAAUGGUCGUGUUCUCUUCAUCAAAGAUGUGAUAGGAAGUAAUGAAAUCUGCUGCUGGUCAUUUUAUGGUCAUGGACAAAAGAUUGGAGAGGUCUGCUGCACCUCCAUAGUGUAUGGUACAGACAAAAAACAUACAAAAGUGAGUUUGAAGAUUUAAUCCUUUACAGCUUUUCAAAAAAUAUUUUUUAAGCAAUCAUUGCUUUAAAUUAAUUCUUUUUAUAGAAAAAGUCACAGGUGUUUUGGACCUCUGUUUCAGAAAUUGAGAAAUUAUUUGAAUCUUUUCUCAAUCGUGAAUUUUGGACAAAAUGUAAAGAAAACUAAGUGGAAUUUUAACACUAAAAAUUAUUUAAUAUUUUUUUUUUGAAAGAAGACGUUAUACUGUUAAAGCUAUAGAGAUUUCAAUUCAGAUUAUCUAUCAGAUUGUGUCUGAAUUUGCAUUCCCUAGUCACACCUCAAUGUUUAAAAUAAUUUGGAUUAGAAUUUUGGUUAAUUUAUAAUUAUUGUCAACCAUUCAAAUGUAGGAGAUGUGUUGCAUCCUCAGGUGGAGUUUCCAGAAGCCAGAAUAUUUGAAGAAACACUAAAUGUUCUGUUGUAUGAACACAGAGGAAAGGGGCCUGAUGCUGAGUUGAUGCAGGCUACCAGGGGCUACCGUGAUCAUGGCAGUGGCUACCACAGUGACGACGAGGAUGAUAAGUUGGACAGGGCCCUUCGCCGGAAAUAAUAACAUUUUAAUGGAUCUGUCUUUAAAUAGCAGGUAGUUGCCAUUGCAUAAAGUUGUUUUGUAUUAUAAAUUAUAAAGCACAAGUCUCUACUAAGAAGUGUUGACCCUUAAGAGAAAGUUCUCGCUGUUGUAAUAAACAUAAACUAACAAUAAGGUAUUUUAAAAUUACUCAAAAGUGCUGUGCCCAGAGAUUAAAUAUAAUUGGUACAAAUGGACAAUAUACUACAUCCCUUGAUGAAAGACAUUGUCUUGUUUAUAUCUUAUCAAGAUUUUAUGAAUUAUAUUUUGCAAGGUUGUCUAUGAAAGAAUGAUUCAUGUCUAGGCUUGUGCUGUAAAUUGUGAAAAAUAAUUGUCAUAAGUGUUUAUUAUGUAAAUACAGCAUGCACCAAAACUAGCAGUACUAAAACUCUUGCAUCAUGAAGGCGUUCUUGCAUUUUUCAGCUGUGCAUAGUUCCAGCCGCCUAAUGAUCAUCACUUAACGUUUAUAUGUUGUUGUUGGAAAUGGGUCUCUCUGCAGAGGAAAAAAUAUUCAUAAUUGAGCAAUAUUUUUGCUCCUACUUACUGCAAUGAGCGUAAAUGGAGACAGUGUUUAAAGAAAUUAUGGGGAGAAAAUUCUGAAAGAGAUUGUUUAAAAAAGACUGCACCAAGUAGCAGGGUUCUGGAAAGGUAAUCAGUCAAACAGAAGUUUAUGUGACUUUCUUCAGAGAAUCAUGCAGCCCUUUCAAAAACUGGAUCCUUGUACACCAUAGCCAGAAAAAUCCAUGAUACAUUAUCCUGUCUGACAGAUCUGGCUCUCUCAAGCAUUGUCCAACCUGAAUGCAGAGCGAAAAAUGAACCUAUGUUCUCAAUCAUACGUAUGUAUGCUGAUGUUCAAUCUGAAAGAUGUUCCUUGUAGAUUUUUUAGGGGUGAAUGAAGACUUCCUCUUUCGAUGACACAAAAAACUUCCACAAUGAUGCUAUUUCGUAACCAUUAUUGUGGUUUUUGGUCUUAUUAAAUCUCCCUUUAAGUUGUUCUGCCACCCUUUUUCCCAAACAUGGUACCCCAUCACAAUCUUCUUCUCUUCUAUAUAUUAAGGGCCCACGAUCAAUUUAUCGAUCAUUUUGGCUACUAUGUAUGUAGAGGGGAUUUGCAACGUUUCUGUGCCUGGUGUUGAGGAUAUUUCAAUCACUUAAUUCUUUAGGUCAGAGUGUAAAUAGGGUUCAAAUAUGAAUUUUUUUCCUCUGUAGAGAAAACCAUUUCCAUCAACAACUGCCCAGAGCAACAUCCUUAACACUGCGGGAAGUGUGUGGCAGCUGAAGCUAUGCACCGUUGACAAACGCAUGUACACGUUUCAGUACUGUGGUUUUUGGGGCAUAUUGUAAAUGCUCACUGAAGAAAAAAAAUAUUUAUAAAGGAUUACAAAACCUUUUUUCUAUUUCAAAUUGUCAACUCUCCUUUUUAAAAAAAAAAUCAUUUAAUGUAUAUCUUAACAUGUGUCGAACCAAAAAAAAAAAGCUAAACAGUAUUAAACAUAUGACUUUCAAUUAUUGUUUAGCUUUUUAAAAAUAUGAAGAAUGAAUAAUAUCAAUUGGACAGCAUAAGAGGUAAUCUCAGAAUGAAUGUUUGCCCUGCGUGAAUAUUCAGUCAGCUCAAAUAUUAGAAAUAGAACAAAAGAACAUGGCGUAUUGUUAAAAGGAGUUUUGAUGCAUGUACACUUGUUAUUCAGCAGAAGUGUAAAAAUGACCUAUUGUUACCUUUGCUUGAGGUUAUUCCAAAUAUUUUUGGUCAUUUAGCUCAGGUGUUUUAUGUUAGUCCUUCCAACAUGGCUUUCAUGAUGGCAGGACUGGAAGUAAAACACAUCUGUAAUUAGUUUUUACUUUGUUCCUUUUGAAUUUGAAGAGAUCAUGUCUUUAACACUUUUUAAUGUUUGUUUAUACCAUGUACUAAAAUGUAGCAACAAGAUCACAUUUUAUAAUCACUUAAUCUUAACCAGUUAGAGUCUGUGCUGAAAUAAUUGGUUAAGUUGACGUAUGAUUUGAAAGAAAGUAAAUUAUUAUAGAUCCAUACAAGUUAUGUAGUGUUUGAAAAGGCCAGUGAAGUCAUGUGUUGCUUUCUGAUUCAAUGCUAACUGAAUGAAUGCUGAGAAUGAUAAUUUAUUGAUUAACACUUGGGGUUUAUCCUUAAUCAACCUCGCGCAUAUUUGGGUAGAGGUUCACAUAUUUUUGAGAUGUGUGAUGAGGGCAUCUAAGAUGAUUUAUGACAAUAGUGAGGGUGAUUUUAAAAAACUAGAAUAGCAUGAUGAUGUCAUUUUUGGAUGAACCCUUGCUUGAAUUUAAAGGAAUGACAGAUUUUCUUUAUAAUGAUAAUAAUUUUGUAUAACAUUUGGAGGAUAAUCCAUUCAUUUAUUUUAUUCUUACACUUUCAGUACUCAGAGCAGAGUUGUUUACUUUUGUUUUGUCAAAAACUGAACUACUGGUAUUUGAUUGCUAUGGAAAUAUUUGAAAAAUGCAUUUAAUAAUAAUUUUGUAUCCUCUUAUCAGAAAUUUUUGGCAUGUUAAUAUAGAUAUGGUAUCUUUUAGAGGACAGAUUUCAUUUUUAAAAGGUAUGAAUGAAUCUCAUAUAUGUUUCAUUCCUUGCUUGGUGAAAAGGAAAGUCAAUUAUUUUUGUGUUUUUAAAAAGAAUUUUAGAUGUAAAUGAGUACCAGUAGCGCAGUCAUUAAUAUUUUUUUUUUCAUUAAUGUUCUUGGCUGAUAAAAUGUUCCAUAAAUUAUUUUUUGCACACCAGCAUGAAGAUAAAUAAUAAUACUGUUUUGUUAUUGCCUCAAAAAAAAAUUAUAAUAACCUUGAACUUGUCAUCAGUUAAAAUUGAUAUUUUUGUGUAAUUGAUGUAAGGUUCAAAUUCAAAAUAAAUAUCAUUUAUUCAUAUUG